GAAAAAGAAAAUUCUAUUAAUCCCAAAACACUAUGUCGCUAUUUCCAUUUCCAUUUGGUUCCUUACAACACUCACGAAAAUCGAUUCAACACGAAAGGAAAAUUGACGAGUUACCAGACUUGCAUUGAAAUCGUAUCAAACAAUGUCGUAGCUGUUUUCUUUUUCAAAUCCUGAGUUGUUAGUGAGUGUGCCCAACAAUGGCAGCUGUUAGGUCUUCCUCUGUAAGAAGGUUAGGAAGCACAAUUCAGGGUUCUUUUAAUAUGGAAUUAGUUCAACACUGUCACUAUCACCAUAGUAUGUGUAUGAAUCUUGCAAGGUUGCCAAGUGAUUCACUGAGUCAUCCUUAUUACAAAAGAGAGUUACAGUUUGCUAAGAAUCGGUUUAGUAAUUUGGCCUCUGAAUCCCUUGGAAGUAGUCAUCACUUUGGCACUAGAGCCAGUGUAUCGGUAAAACCAACAUUCUCUGGUUAUUGUUUUCGUAGUGCCCUUCCUUUUGCUUCCAUGAGCCACGUGUUGAAUCAUCGAAUGUAUUCGUCGUCAGUGGGUGACAAAGGAAGUAGAGAUGGUGGUACAGAAGUUUCUGCUGGUUCUGGUGCAACUGAUAUUAAUACCACUGGUGAUUCUGUUGUUGGGGGUGAUUGGGCUGAGAGGAUUAAAGAUGCCUGGAAGAGUGUGGCAGAGGCAGCAUCAUAUGCAGGGGGUAAGGUCAAAGAAACUUCUGAUGAUCUCACUCCAUUUGCUCAACAGUUGCUUGAUUCACACCCAUAUCUUGAUAAGGUGGUUAUUCCAGUUGCUGGUACUUUAACUGCUACCAUAUUAGCUUGGUUCUUGCUGCCUAGGAUUUUGAGGAAAUUUCACAAAUAUGCAACGCAAGGUCCUGUUUCUCUAUUGCCAGCAAGCGUGUCUGUGGAGCCAGUUCCUUAUGAGAAAAGCUUUUGGGGUGCUAUGGAGGAUCCAGUGCGAUAUUUAGUUACCUUCAUUGCAUUCUCACAAAUUGGUGUUAUGGUGGCUCCAACAACUAUAACCUCACAAUAUCUUGCACCUGUUUGGAGGGGUGCAGUGAUAGUUUCAUUUGUAUGGUUUUUGCAUAGAUGGAAAACAAAUAUUUUUGCACGGACGUUGUCCAGUCAAAGUUUACUUGGGCUUGAUAAGGAGAAAGUGCUUGCUCUAGACAAAAUCUCAUCUAUUGGUCUAUUUGUGAUUGGUAUAAUGGCUUUGGCUGAGGCUUGUGGUGUGGCCGUGCAAUCUGUUGUGACCGUUGGUGGUAUAGGAGGUGUGGCUACUGCUUUUGCUGCCAAGGACAUUCUUGGCAAUGUGUUCAGUGGUUUAUCUAUGCAGUUUUCAAAGCCCUUUUCAAUUGGAGAUACAAUAAAAGCUGGCUCAAUAGAGGGUCAAGUGGUGGAAAUGGGUCUUACUUCCACAUCAUUGCUGAGUUCGGAGAAGUUCCCAGUCAUUGUGCCAAACUCAUUUUUUUCUAGUCAGGUUAUUGUGAACAAGUCCCGUGCUGAAUAUCUUGCCAUUAUUACCAAAAUUCCACUGCAAACUGAGGAUUUAAGUAAGAUUCCCCAGAUAUCAGAUGAUGUGAAAAGCAUGCUCAGAUCAAAUGCAAAGGUUUUCUUAGGGAAAGAUGUUCCCUACUGUUUCUUAUCCCGUAUAGAAAGUUCAUAUGCAGAAUUGACUCUUGGAUACAACCUCAAACAUAUGCGCAAAGAUGAAUUAUACUCCGCAGAACAAGAUAUUCUCCUACAGGCAGUUCAAAUCAUUAAGAAUCAUGGGGUUGCUCUUGGCAGCACAUGGCAAGACACGUCUUCUAAAUGAUGUGCUCUGCGUGAUGGCAAUUUUGGAAGUGAUUGCAAACAUCGUGAGCUUUAGCUUUUACUAAUACAAUGCCCGCAAGGUUAUUAAUUUGUCAUUCGUUCACACAGAAAACAGUUUUCCAGUACUAGUAAACAGUUUUCCAGUACUAGUUUGACAUGUGUAGUUGGUUUUAGUUUUGAUUUACUAAAAGAAUACAAAAAAAAAUUCAUUAUGAGUGAAUUGUGGAAUUAUCCCUUUAUGAA